GCCUCCAAGCGCAAGCGUCCCCGCAAACUGGACGCCAGUGUGGACGUAGGCGACUUUGAGCUCCGCAACCUCGCCCUCCAGACUGCCCACGUUCCGUUGCCGCUGUUGGCGCUCCAGAUCAAGCAGUUGGAGAGCGACGAGUCGGGCGCUCCUGCCUCGGAGCCCUCCGAGUCCCACAAGCUUAAGGAGCACAAGGAGAGACAGCGCAAUUUGUUUGGCAUGGUUUGGCUCAUCAACUCGUGCGAGCACUCUCCCACUGCUGUGGUUCCUAGAAACAGAAUCUACGCCCGCUAUGUCCAGAUCUGUGCCGACAACAGCUUGACUCCAUUGUCUCCUGCCAGCUUCGGUAAGCUUGUGCGCAUCUUGUUCCCUACGUUGACCACUAGAAGAUUGGGCAUGCGAGGCCAAUCCAAAUACCACUACUGUGGCAUCAAGUUGCUCGGAGACCAGAACCAGCAGGCGCAACAGUUGCACCACGUUAGCGGGUUGGGAAUCUCGACCUCGGGUGCCCACCAGGUCCAGUCGCCCAUCUCGUCCACCAACUCGUCCAUCUCGUUGGACGAUUCGCCCAUCACCUCGUCGCAUAUCCACACUCCGUCAUACACCCCGAUCAACUCGCCUUCGAUCGCAAACUCGAACUCCAUCUCUGACCAGUUGCCUCUGGUCUCGCACUUGAAGCACGUUGCCAACUUGGACGAAUUGUUGGCUGGAAACUCGGCUGAAAUCUCCAACCCUAACUUCCCGCUCCAAUUGCCUUCCAUAUACCCCUAUUUGCCCAGAGAUAUUGACUAUGACAUUGCAGACACCCUCUACUCCCUCUACAAGGUUCAUAUCAACUCUUUGUUUGAGUCCUUGAGAUACAUGCAAAUGAAGAAAUUGUUUUCAAGCUUCAACAACUUCAACUGCACAUUGACUGCCCCAGUAUUCAAGCUCUACACUCACGAGAGCAUCAUCGAAUGGGUCAAACAGUGUGAUUUGGUGAUGUACAAGCGCAUGAUUAGAAUGUUGAGCAAACUACAACUUCAAUAUCAGAUUCCUCCUGAGGUACUCACCCAAUUGAAACAAAUAUCCGGGGGGUACGUGCAGGCUUUGUCAAACAACUUGAUUAACAACAAGGUUACCAAAAACUUCAUCAUCAUGAAGUUGAAACUUGCGAAGAACUUUGUCAAUUUUUUGAACAGGUUAAUCAAAAUCAUUGAAACUGGUCAGUCUGCUGCCAAGAUUUUGAACGAUCCAAAUGAGAAAAAAUCAAUGGUUGAUGAUUGGAUGAAGCUCGAUAUUCAUGAAAUUAUCUCAAGAGAAAUCCCAUGUGGCGAGAAAAAUAUCGAAGUGCUUCUUCAAAUCUUGAACCAUGAUUUAUUGCAUAUGUUGACCGGAUCCUUCACAUCUUCACACGAUGCAGAAGAGAACGAUGUCAGCAAUGAAAUGAUGAUGCAAAUCAGCAACUACAUUUCCGAGUUGCCAGGGAAAUUUAACAACAUCAACCCUAGAUUAUUUAUCUUGUUAACAAGUAACCUUUUGACUACUUGUUUGAGAGAGAUUAGUUUGUCCAGUGGUCAAGGUUUUGGUGCAUGGUGGAUUGUUAGAUGUUGGAUUGAUGAGUUCCUUUCAUGGAGAUUUGAAUUAGGUGGUUUGUUCCAACUGGACUUUAGU